AGACUAUUUUGAACUGGUGUCGAUGAAAAGCAGCGAGUAUACUAUUUGGGUACUCUCCCCAACCUUCAUUUUGUUAUUGGAUGGUCUUUAUGAAGUUGCGCCCGUCGAAAGGAAAACCAACCCCACUGCAGCCGCACUCUAUUUAAAACACUGAAACACCCCGCCUCUUCAAGAAGAUCGCUUCGGAAAAUUGCCUACAUCUCGAAAAACAAGAGCGAAAAAACAGAGCAGAAAAACAAGAUCGGCAUUUAAAGAAAAAUUUUAAAAAAUAAAGCCACCUGCCAAGGCACCAACUGUUUGUUUCUCGGGAAUCUGAGAGAGAGAACAAAAACAAAGAAAGAAAAUUUGUCUCUGCGGGUUGCUUUGAAGCAGGUCGGCAUGGACUCGCAUGUGCCCAGAAACCGAAAUGAGUCAUGGACGGAUGAGAAGCAUGUGCACUUUUUGAACUCCAUGGAGGCGUGGUUCGUCCGUACAAUGCUUGAGAACAACGAUCGCUAUAAUCUCCGUCUCGACCGUCACUUGCCAGACAGCUCUGACUCGACUCUCGAUUGCAAAUACAAUAUUCAGACAAGAAAAAAGCAUGCCACUUCAGAUUUUAUUGUCUCAACUAGAAGCAACGUGACGGGUAGGCCUGAUAAAAGAUCAAGGAGAACAUCAUCUCAUGAUUCAUCACAAGAUCAGGUGGUCCCACAGAUUGAAAACAGAACAGGAGAUAACGAUGAGAAAGACCUUACCCGUGAACCAAUUGCAUCCACGGCGCCAGCAAACUGAUGAUAUAAAGAUUAUUCUUUGUUUUUGUACUUUUAAUUAUUAAUUUGUUUGCUUUAAGUGUAGGUUUUUUUUUUUUUUUUUUUUGCUUUAAGUGUAGUGUUUUUAGUAGAAGCAGAGUGAUUUGUGAGCGUGUGCUAUGAAAAAUUGCUGAAUUAUGCCUUGCUAAUGGGUAUGUGUGCUUUCAGCGCCACAACGUUUCUAACUGUACUUCAGCUUCCAGGAUUAUGACAUCGCUCUUGAUUUUCACUGGGCUAUAAAAUAACCUUUUUAGUCAUGCAUUUCGCCUAGCUGAUUCAUGGAAGAAGAUAUUUUUAUGAUGUAUAUCUGGAGCAGGAUCUUUUUGCUCUCAAAACGAUCUACUCAUAAUAUUUUUAUAGCUAGUGUUUCAUUUGUUUAUUAUAAACUAGAAUAGUUGAGUGAAAAGCAGGAUGGCGACGGUGACAAAGAAAGGCGGAGAUUUCAAUCUUUGAUCUCUCAGGCACGCCUUAUCCUGAUGAUAGACUUGGUUGCUUAAUCUUUUCACCAAAUAUUACCUUGCUGGCACAGAUAAUAAGGCCUAUCAGAUAAAGGUAAAAAGACAAUCUUACCCUGUCUGUUGCAAGCAACUGGUGCAUACAAUGGUAUUGGUUAACUGGACAUAAGUGGAAAUUAAGAAACGUCAAUGAAUGUUUUCAGAUCUCAAAAACAGAAAUUAUAAGACGACAGAUUACCAAAAUAUGAUGCUUGCGUUUGAAUGGUUGGGGUUUUGUGACUUUCUAAUGACUUUUUUUAAGUAUAAUAGUUUGUUUUGAUUUUUAUUAUUAUUUUUUUAUAAAAAAAAAAAUGGACAGCUUACUGCCUAUUGCAGAGAAGAAUAUUUCAAACGAAAAGUAGAAAGUCGUGAAGAUAUUUUAGCUCUAGCUAGAGCUACAAUCGAUCAAAUGCCUUAAAUGUAGGAGGAAGAAAGGACCACUUUCAUUUCAUAUUCAUGUACCUAUCACUUGCGUU